GCCUGGCGGCCCCGCCUCUCCCGGCGCCCCGAGCGCUUCUUGGCGCAGCGGAGUCGGCGUGCGGCGGGAUGGAGGCAGUCCCGACGCCUAAGAAGGCUACGCGGGGAAGGGCAGUGAGUCCACCUGGCUGCCGCCGAGAGAAGAGUCCACAGGAGAGGAAAGUUUACAUGGACUAUAACGCAACAACUCCUCUGGAGCCGGAAGUUAUCCAGGCCAUGACUGAGGCCAUGUGGGAAGCCUGGGGGAAUCCCAGCAGCCCCUACACAGCAGGUAAAAAGGCCAAGGACAUUAUCAGUGCAGCUCGGGAGACCCUUGCAAACAUGAUAGGUGGCAAGCCUCAAGACAUCAUCUUCACUUCUGGGGGCACUGAGUCAAAUAAUUUAGUCAUCCAUUCCAUGGUGAAGUACUUCCAUGAAAACCAGACCUCACGGGGGGACGUGGUUGAGCAGCACAGCCCUGAGGAAGGGGCCAGGCCCCAUUUUAUCACCUGCACAGUGGAGCACGACUCCAUCCGCCUGCCCCUGGAGCACCUGGUGGAAGAACAAGUGGCUGAGGUCACCUUCGUCCCAGUGUCCAGGGUGAACGGGCAGGCAGAGAUUGACGACAUUCUGGCAGCUGUCCGCCCAACCACCUGCCUUGUGACCAUCAUGCUGGCCAACAAUGAGACCGGCGUUGUCAUGCCUGUGCCUGAAAUCAGCCAGCGCAUCAGAGCCCUGAACCAGAGGCGGGCAGCUUCUGGCCUGCCUCGCGUUCUGGUGCACACGGAUGCCGCACAGGCACUGGGGAAAAGACGCGUGGACGUCGAGGACCUCGGUGUGGACUUCCUGACGAUUGUGGGGCACAAGUUCUACGGCCCCAGGAUUGGUGCACUUUACGUACGAGGGCUCGGUAAAGUUACCCCGCUGUACCCUAUGCUGUUUGGAGGUGGACAGGAGCGGAAUUUCAGGCCAGGGACGGAGAACACACCCAUGAUCGCAGGACUGGGCAAGGCUGCUGAGCUGGUGACCGAGAACUGGGAAGCUUACGAGGCCCACAUGAGAGACGUCCGCGACUACCUGGAGGAGAGGCUGCAGGCUGAAUUUGGUAAGAGAAUUCACUUGAAUAGCCGGUUUCCAGGGGUUGAGCGCCUUCCCAACACCUGUAACUUUUCCAUCCAGGGACACCAGCUUCAAGGUGACUGCCCAUCCCGUCAGCCCUCUGUGGCCGUGUGGUGCUUGCGCAGUGCCGGAUGUUGCUGGCCAGCGUGGGUGCUUCCUGCCACUCAGACCAAGGGGACCGGCCGUCCCCAGUGCUGCUGAGCUGUGGCAUCCCCUUCGACGUGGCCAGGAACGCGCUCCGACUCAGCGUGGGCCGCAGCACCACCAGGGCCGAGGUGGACCUCGUCGUGCAGGACCUGAAGCAGGCCGUGGCCCAGCUGGAAGGCCAGGCCUAGUGCCGUGGGCCACCCUUGCCCUCGGUGGCCAGGAUGGAACCUUGGUCACUCUGCUCAUAGGAAGCCCAUCGCUGAGUGCUCGCACCCAACCUGUCCCUCUCGGUGCACCAGGGCCACCCUUACUUCCUUAGAUCCUCGCUGUCGUGAAGUGUCCAGGCACUGGGGUGUCUGUGUGCCUUCUCCCCUGGACGUGGGGCUGCCUGAUGCACAGACACCCUGCCCAGCCCAGCUCCUGCUGGGCCCCGGACAUCAGUACCCACAUAGGACUGUCCCACAGCGGCUGCUAGAGGCCGUGUGGAAAUGGAAAUUCUUCCACGCUCCUCUGGGCACUUGGGCAUAUCAGGAGCACCCCCUCCCAAAAGAUGGAUUUAUCUGGAAGAUAAUCCCAUUGCAGUAGGCUGCUGUCAUAAAGGUAGGAACUGAAGUUUUGCUUUGACCAUGGCACCUGCACCCGUGUGAUGCGGCCUCCUCUGCAGCCUCUCCGGCCUCCCUGGCCCAACCAUCUUCCUGAUGACACCUGGUCCUCAUGGGACCACCGUCCUGGCCGACGAGCACUGUCCACUGCCCUGCCCAGCUGUCCCAUUACGCCCACUUUUCCCUUGUGCUUUCUUCUCAGGGAUUCAACUCCAGCGUCGCUGCUGUGAGCAGCCAGAGUGUGUGCAAUUCCCAGUCACCCAGAGGGGAGCCCAGGUCAUCCCUGACCCCACCUUCAUCUUCACACUUACUGUUUGCAAAAGGUUUAUUUUAUCCUCACAAAAUGUAUAGCACACACACCAAAUGCCAAUAUUUACAUAGGAAUGAUUUUCAGAGAGUAACAUUUUUAAUGUGACUUUAAGGUCCCAAGAACUACAGGAUGUAUUGAGGAAAGGAUUAUCAGAAAUUAAAGGAACUAAUGAAA